AUGGUUCCGUGGGAAGGGUACAUCAGCGACGAGACGAUGGGCACCUUCGCGCCCAUCGUUCUCUACUGGGUGUACGCCGGCGGCUACCAGCUGAUCCUUCACCGCCGGCCGCUUGAGCGGUACAGGCUCCACACGCGGGCUGAGGAGGAGGAGAAGAACCUCGUCAGUCUCCCCACCGUCGUCCGCGGCCUACUCCUGCAGCAGCUCGUGCAGGCCAUCGUCGCGAUGAUCUUGUUCAUGGUCACUUCUGAUAGCUCAAUAACUGUUGUUCAGCCACCUAUCAUCGUCCAGAUCUUUCAGUUUUUAAUUGCAAUGCUAGUGAUGGACUCAUGGCAAUACUUUGUGCACCGCUACAUGCACCAAAAUAAGUUCCUAUAUCGGCACAUCCACUCGCAACAUCAUCGGCUGAUUGUUCCUUAUGCUAUUGGGGCUCUGUACAACCAUCCAUUGGAGGGCCUACUUUUGGACACCUUAGGAGGUGCCAUCUCCUUCUUGGUCUCCGGUCUGACACCAAGGACUGCUGUGUUCUUCUUCUGUUUCGCCGUUCUCAAGACAGUCGACGAUCACUGCGGGCUUUGGUUACCAUAUAACAUUUUCCAGCACCUGUUCCAAAAUAACACUGCCUAUCAUGACAUUCAUCACCAGCUGCAAGGAACCAAAUACAACUACUCUCAGCCCUUCUUCUCAAUCUGGGACAGAAUACUAGGAACCCACAUGCCAUACAACAUAGUGAGCAGGAAAGAAGGUGGAUUUGAAGCAAGACCGUUGCGAGACUAG